CUUCGCCCGGAUACCAAAGCCACUACCCACUGCAAAACCAGCCUUAAAAAUCAAUUCCCUCAUCUUCUUCCCUAACCUCUCUUGUCCCUCUCAAUGGUGAAAUCUUCUUUACCAAAUUCUUCAGACUAAAACAGUGAGGCUCGUUCUCUGAUUCAUACCGAAACGACAAUGGUUUCUAUAGAAGACUCCCAUUCGAGCUCCAACCGUUUCCCUCUAGCCCGAAACUUGUAUUCGCCGAAAGUUCACCGACACAGCAUGGGCCGGUCGAUGCGCACGAUACGGUCCAACGCGUACCAAAGAAACGACGACGAGAGCAGUUGCUGCUCAUUUGUCGUCGAGAGAUCGGGAUGUGCAUCCGAGAACCUGACCGAUUCGGGCAUCGACAUGCGGCUGAGCGAGCUUGCAAUGCGGAACGGCAAGUCGCUGAAGUCCACGUCUUCGUCUGAGAUGGAGGAGAUGAAGGAGUUUCUGGAUCUUUCCCAGGCCUUCAGCGACCUCUCAGUUUACAGCAGCGACAUCUCCGGGGAGCUACAGAGGCUAGCGACCUUGCCCGCGACGUUGUUGGACAACAACGGCGAGGAUGCUGGCGUGGCGGAGGCGGCCGAGCCGUGUUCGGGGUUUCUACAGAGGGAGACCUUCUCGACGGAGAUAAUCGAGAGCAUUUCGCCGGAGGAUCUCCAGCCUACGGUGAAGAUCUGCGUGGACGGGCUCCAAUCGCCUUCUAUAGCCGUGAAGCGGUCGGCGGCGGCCAAGCUGAGGCUUUUGGCGAAGAACCGUGCCGAUAACCGGGCUCUGAUCGGCGAGUCCGGUGCGGUCCCUGCUUUGAUUCCGCUUCUCCGGUGCAGUAGCGAUCCAUUGACGCAAGAACACGCCGUCACGGCCUUGCUUAACCUCUCUCUUCACGACGGCAACAAGGCCUUGAUCACAAACGCCGGUGCGAUCAAGUCCUUAGUGUACGUGCUCAAGACCGGCACCGAGAUCUCCAAGCAGAACGCCGCGUGCGCGUUGCUCAGCCUGGCUCUGCUGGAGGAGAACAAAAGCUCCAUCGGGGCCUGCGGGGCAAUCCCGCCGCUGGUGUCGUUGGUGCUGAAUGGUUCGAGUAGGGGGAAGAAGGACGCUUUAACGACGUUGUAUAAGCUCUGCACGAUAAGGCCGAACAAGGAGAGGGCUUUGAGCGCCGGGGCCGUGAAGCCGCUGAUGGAGCUGGUGGCAGAGCAGGGGAAUGGGAUGGCGGAGAAGGCGAUGGUGGUGCUGAGUAGCCUGGCGGCGAUUGAGGAGGGGAGGGAGGCCAUUGUGGAGGAGGGUGGGAUUGCGGUGCUGGUGGAGGCUAUCGAGGAUGGGUCGGUCAAAGGGAAGGAGUUUGCCGUGCUGACGCUGUUGCAGCUGUGUGCAGACAGCGUCAGGAACCGAGGGUUGCUGGUGAGGGAGGGGGCGAUUCCUCCGCUGGUGGCGCUCUCACAGACGGGGUGCGUUAGUGUUAGAGCUAAGCACAAGGUGAGUGGCUGAAACGCUUCUUGGGUAUUUGAGAGAACCCAGGCAAGAGGCAGCAGCCUCUUCAAGUCCUUAGACAAGAAGAAGGUCAUUUUACUCUAAUUACAGUAAGAUGUUAGCUGUUGGUGUGUAAAUAUGUUUUGGUUUUUUGAUGGUUUUGUACAGAGUGGUUGAGAAAUUUGUGAGAUUAUUUGUAGAAGGAAGGAGAUUAGGGAGGGUAGGGAGUAAGAGUCUGACCUUUAGAUGUGUAUGAGCUUUACUAGGUUUUUGGAUUUUCAUUAUUCCAUUUCAUUGACUAUGUUUUCUAGAGGUGGAAUACAUGUUUGCUUUUUGGGUUUUGGGGUGGUGAUGAGAUUUGGGUUAAUUCUCCUUAUGUUUUGUUUGGGUGAGACCCCAAAUGUUGUGAACUUGUGAAAAGGUUUUAAUGUGAUCCUCUGGUUUUUAUGUAGCCAACAUAACAAGAAUUAUGUACACGAUUAUUUUCCAUA